UAAAGCGGUUGGUUGCCCUCUUUCUGUUAGUCAGAGAGGCGGUCCGACAAUUGGUUCGCGGGCGUCUUCGAGGUUUCUUUCGCAGAGUGAUUGUGUCAGUUUGGCUGUUGGCGGCGGGAGUGCCUUUUACUUUUAGGUAGAAGAUGCCGGAAAGCAGUCUCGCAGAGCGCGGCGACAGGAGCGAGGAGCAGGUGUCUGGUGCUAAAGUCGUAGCCCAGGCCUUGAAAACCCAAGGUGUGGAGUACGUGUUUGGUAUCGUAGGCGUCCCAGUGACCGAAAUCGCCGUGGCAGCGCAGGGGCUGGGCAUCUGGUACAUCGGCAUGAGGAAUGAGCAAGCGGCUUGUUAUGCAGCUUCUGCUAUUGGAUAUCUGACAGGCAGGCCCUUGAUUGUGAUUGGUGGUUCCUCUGACAGAAGUCAGGAAACAAUGGGAGCCUUCCAGGAGUUUCCUCAGGUUGAAGCUUGCAGAUUAUAUAGCAAGUUCUCUGCCCGGCCAAGUAGCAUAGAAGCUAUUCCCACUAUUAUUGAAAAGGCCGUGAGAAGCAGUAUUUAUGGUCGUCCAGGUGCUUGCUAUGUUGACAUACCUGCAGAUUUUGUAAACCUCGAGGUGAAUGCAAAUUCUAUAAAGUACGUGGAGUGCUGCAUGCCCCCUCCUGUUAGCAUGGCAGAAACCUCUGCUGUGCGUAUGGCAGCAUCUGUUAUCAGAAAUGCCAAGCAGCCCCUUCUUGUCAUCGGGAAAGGUGCUGCUUAUGCCAGAGCUGAGGAGAGUAUCAGGAAAUUGGUUGAGCAAUGUAAACUGCCUUUUUUGCCCACCCCCAUGGGAAAGGGUGUAGUCCCUGACAACCAUCCAAACUGUGUCAGAGCAGCCAGAUCCAGGGCUUUGCAAUUUGCUGAUGUAAUUGUGUUAUUUGGUGCAAGGUUAAAUUGGAUUUUGCAUUUUGGACUGCCUCCACGAUAUCAGCCAGAUGUGAAGUUUAUCCAGGUUGAUAUCUGUGCAGAAGAAUUGGGGAAUAACGUAAGGCCUGCUGUCACUUUGCUAGGAGACAUAAAUGCUGUGACUAAACAGCUUUUAGAACAAUUCGAUAAAACACCAUGGCAAUAUCCUCCAGAGAGCACGUGGUGGAAAACUCUGAGGGAAAAAAUGAAGAGCAACGAAGCUGCAUCCAAGGAAUUAGCUUCCAAAAUAUCUCUACCCAUGAAUUAUUACACAGUAUUCUACCAUGUUCAAGAACAGCUACCUAGAGACUGUUUUGUGGUAAGUGAAGGAGCAAACACUAUGGACAUUGGACGCACUGUGCUUCAGAACUACCUUCCUCGUCACAGGCUUGAUGCUGGUACUUUUGGAACAAUGGGAGUCGGUUUGGGAUUUGCCAUUGCAGCUGCUCUAGUGGCUAAAGAUAGACACCCAGGGCAGCGGGUCAUCUGUGUGGAAGGAGACAGUGCAUUUGGAUUUUCUGGCAUGGAGGUGGAAACCAUUUGCAGGUACAACCUGCCAAUCAUACUCUUGGUGGUGAAUAAUAAUGGAAUUUACCAAGGUGUUGAUGCAAGUAGUUGGAAGGAAAUGUUAAAUUUUCGAGAAGCUGCUGCCAUGGCCCCUCCAUUCUGUCUUCUGCCAAACUCCCAUUAUGAGCAGGUCAUGACUGCAUUUGGAGGCAAUGGAUAUUUUGUACAAACACCAGAGGAACUCCGGAAAUCCCUGAGGCAGAGUCUGGCAGACACAGCUAAGCCCUCUCUUAUUAACAUCAUGAUUGAGCCACAAGCCAUGCGGAAGGCCCAGGAUUUUCACUGGCUGACUCGCUCUAAUAUGUGAAUAAAGAUGCCAGUGGGUGGUCUUGAGGAAUCUUCUCUUUCCUGCAAGAUGAAAUUUGUUUUCCACAGCGAAAUUACUAUGUUAAAAUUGUGCAAAGAAAAAAAAUCUCUAGAAUGACAUUUUAUAGUAAAGGAAUUAAUUAAAAGAAAGAAAAAGUUACCAGUAUUCUAUCACCAAAACAACCGCUUGAAGAUGAAAAAAGAAGAGAGAUUUUAUUACACAAUACCUUAGUAACUGCCUGACUAUGGUUUACACAUUGCUAUUCUUUUAAUGAAUCCAUUCUUAAAGUUACAUUAUCUUUUAUAAACAUCUUCCACAAGUGGCCAUCCAAGGCAGUAUAACUGAUCUCUAUUCACCUAGAGCAACCGAGGAAGAAGGAGAC